AUUCCCGAAACCCCGCAGUGGUUGUUAUCAAAAAAUCGAACGGCUGAGGCUGAAAAAUCGCUUCGCUGGCUUCGAGGUUGGGCUACAAGUAAGGCUGUGGCGCAAGAAUUUCGAGAUCUACAACAACAUAUCGAACGUUCCAAGUCGUGUUAUUCAUGCAUCAAACAAGAUUUGAAUUGCACCCAUCCUCUGCCAACAUUGAGAGAAAAAUUCUCUGAAUUAAAACGGAAACAAACGAUCAAACCACUGUUUAUCACAAUCAGUUUGUUUGUAAUCGCUCAAUUUUCGGGUGUGUAUUCUAUGCGAGCAUUUAUUGUGCAGAUCUUCAAGGCAUACGAGAGUCCACUUCCACCAGACCAAGCAACGGCUAUUAUGAGUUUCUUGGAAGUCAUAGGCUCGGUUGUUUUCAUGUGUUUGGUACGCUUCAUCGGCAAACGACCCAUUUAUUUGGCCACUGCGCUGGGAAUAUUCGUUUGUUCAACGACCGUAUGUUUGUGUGGCUUCAUUCUGCUGCCAAAAGGAUACAUAUCGUUUGAUCAAACGCAUGAACCAUAUCAUCUAGAGAAUACGAUUCUGACUUAUAUUCCGUUGAUUGGCUUGUUUCUGUGGAGCUUCUUCUCAUACAGUGGGUUCCUUGCAAUGCCCUGGAUGCUUCUUUCCGAGAUAUUUCCGUUCAAAUCCCGUGGUGUAGCAAGUAGUAUUGCGGUUUCAUUCAGUUUCCUUAUGGGCUUCAUCUCUAGAAAAAUAUAUUACAGUUUGGAAACGACACUGUCUCUGCCUGGCACUAAGCUAUUUUUCUGUGUCAUCUCUGGCCUUGGAUUUGUUUUGAUGUAUUUGAUUUUGCCGGAGACGGAGAACAUCUCGCUUGAAGACAUCGAACGACACUUUUCUGACAAUUCAAAGAAAAUCACCGACCGAAAAAUUCGUAAAUCAAAUGAAAAGACAUAAUCAGGACAUGUUGAAGGCUGCUGAUAAAAACACAGGGAAUUCGAGUUGAUGUACUUGAUAAUCAG